AUGGCCUAUAAUAACUUGGAAGGAAGCAUACCAGAGGAGAUAGGCCAUUUGAAGAACUUGAUAGUUUUUGCAAUAGCAGUGAAUACUUUGUCAGGUGCUCUUCCUUCCUCACUUUACAACCUUUCAUCUCUCACUGUGAUAUCAUUAGCAGUAAACCAUUUGAACAUAACUCAGCUUCCAUAUAACAUGUUCUCCACCCUUCCAAAUCUGGAACAUUUAACCAUAGGCACUAUUCCAACUUCUUUUGGGAAUUUGCUUGAGAUAAAAGAAUUACGUCUCGAUGGAAACCAACUCUCAGGAGAGGCGUCACCUUCCUUAGAAAACCUUAGUGAAUUGAUUGUGUUAACAAUUUCAAGGAAUAUGGUUGAGGGAAAAAUUCCUACCACAAUUGGAAACAUGACGAGUUUGCUAAGCUUAGACCUUUCAGAAAACAAUUUCCACGGAGUUGUACCCUUGCGGGUUUUUGGUCUUCCCUCCUUGUCUAUUGUGUUAAACUUAUCUCACAACUCAUUGAAUGGAUCUUUGCCUAUUGAGGUUGGAAAGCUUAAAAACCUUGGCACUUUGGAUGUGUCUGAAAAUAAUCUCUCAGGAGAGAUUCCUUCAACCAUAGGAGAGUGCACAAUUAUGGAAUACCUUAACGUACAAAAGAACUCCUUCAAUGGGCCCAUGCCUCCUUCGCUAACUUUGAUGAAAGGUCUUACUUAUUUAGAUAUACCUCAAAACAACCUAUCUGGAUCAAUACUAAUCGACCUACAGAACAUUUCUUCUCUUCAAUACUUGAACAUUUUAUUCAAUAUGUCUAAUGGUGAGUGA